AUGAGCUAUCCCGUCUCGCUCACUUCACUCGCUGCGCGUCGCGAAAACCGGAAAGCUGAGGCGGACAGACAGCGACCGCAGGCGCCUCCCAGCCUCGGGCUGGUCGCCUCCCCUCCCCCAUAGACGACUUGACCUCUUCUUCUUCCCCCUCCCCCCCUCCUCCGCUCGCUAUACCACGCCCACACCUCCUGCUGCUACGCCACAGCCGGCCGCAGAAGUCACGGCCGACCUCCGCGUCCGCACGGGUGCCAGCUAUACAGUUACAGUUAGAGACAGUGCCGUUCGCUUCUUGGGUGCGCCGCGAUGCCGCCGGGGGCGGGCCGCCGGGCGGCGGUGGACGUGGAGGACCUCCUGGUGCGCGUCAAGAACGGCGCCGAGCCCGAGCUCGGCGCCGUGGCGCGGGAGGUAGCCGCGCUGGCCGAGGAGGGGAGGCUCGGCGGCGACGAGGAUGAUGGGGUCCUGGUGCCGGCGUUGCUCGCGCGGCUCGCUGGCGCCGGGGACCCCGAGGUCAGGGUCCUCGUCAUGGCCGCGCUGCGGCGCCUCGCGGGCUGCGCCGGCGGCGAGACCAAGGAGAGGAUGGCAAGCAUUGAUGCGCUUUCAAGCAUCGUACGCUCCUUAUCUAGAGACGUCGACGAGAGAAUGGAAGCAAUUGUGCUGCUAUUGGAUUUGUCAGAUAUUCCACAGGUCCGGCAGAGGAUUGGCAGGAUCAAAGGAUGCAUAGUGAUGCUGGUCACGCUGCGGAAUGCACAUGAAUCAGGCACCUAUGAUGACGCAGAGAAGUUGCUGCACAUUUUGUCUUGCAACCCACAAAAUGUGCUGCUCAUGGCAGAGGCUGGCUAUUUUCGACCAUUGAUACAUUACCUGAAAGAAGGUUCAGAUAUGAACAAGAUCCUCAUGGCAACCGCUAUUUCUAAGAUGUUCCUCUCUGAACAGAUGAAAUCCUCCCUUGGAGAAGAUGGAGCAGUCGAGCCCCUUGUGGAGAUGUUUAAAUCUGGAAACCAUGAAGCCAAGCACUCAGCCCUAGCCGCCUUGCGUAAUCUCUCUAGCUCUCUGCAAAACGCAGAACUUUUGAUAAAUUGUGGCAUAACUGGAUCACUGCUUCAACUCCUUUGCUCGGUCACGUCAGUGCUCAUGACCCUUAGAGAGCCAGCGGCAGCUAUACUCUCAACUAUAGCACAAUCUGAUCGUAUCCUCCUACAUAGGGAUGCAGCUCCUCAGAUGCUCUCACUUCUUAACUUAUCGUGUCCAGUAAUUCAGCUUCAUCUUUUAAGGGCCCUCAAUAGUAUUUGUGGGCACACAAACGCUAAGAGGGCUAGAGCUAAAAUUAGACAAAAUGGUGGAGUGCAGCUCCUCCUGCCAUUCCUUAGAGAAAAGAAUGUUGGCAUCAAAGUUGCUGCUUUGAAUUUAAUGUUCCAUCUAUCAAAAGAUGCUUCACAAGAAUUGGCCGAACAGAUCAGGGAGACCCAUCUUGAUAUCUUAGUGAAGAUUAUUGCUUCUCCUACACCUGGGAUUGCCGAAAAGGCUGCAGCUGUUGGUGUCCUAAGUAACCUCCCGGUGGCAGAUAAGAAUAUCACAAAGUUUCUCACACAAGCAAACUUGCUUCCAGUUUUGAUCUCCUUAUUGGAGGCAAACAUCUCAGCAUCUCCGUCGCCACAAAAAAUGUGGUUACUUGAGGGCAUUGCUGGUGUGUUAACCAGGUUCACCGUUUCUUGGGAUAAGAAACUACAAAGCUUAGCAGUUGGACAUGGGGUAGUUCCUUGGCUCGUCAAGCUGCUUUCAGAAGGAUCAGUAAAGGCAAAGUCUAAGUCAGCGACAUCCUUGGCUCAACUGUCACAGAAUUCAGUAGCAUUACGCAAGGCAAAAUCUCCAAGGUGGCUUUGUGUUCCCCCAUCAGCUGAAUCUUACUGCAUAGUUCAUGAUUACCAGUGCACUGUCAAAAGUACUUUCUGCUUGGCAAAAGCUGGUGCUGUCAACCCACUGGUCCAAAUACUAGAAGGCGAAGAGCGAGAAGCAGAUGGAUCUGUGCUGGAAGCGCUGGCUACCCUCGUGCAGGACGAGAUCUGGGAGAACGGGAGCAGGGUGAUAGAGAAAGCAUCGGGUGUCCACGCUCUGCUGAGAGUCGCUGAAGCAGGCGAGUUGACCUCCCAGGACAAGGCGAUAUGGAUACUGGAGAGGAUCUUCCGUCUCGAAGAGCACAGAGAGCAGUACGACGGGAUCGCGCAGGCUCUGCUCAUCGAUCUCGCUCAGAAAGGCGACCCUGUCCUGAAACCGAUGAUUGGCAGGAUCCUUGCUCACCUUCAGCUGCUGCAAACGCAGUCCAGCUACUUUUAAGCAUAGCCGUUGUGCAGUGAUGCUGGUUGAAUGACCUGGGCAACCACCGGUGCCCCUUGAAGGAUGCCUGAUACAUAUACUUGACAGGAUGUUUGAAGUGCAACAUCUCCUUUGUCAAGCAAGAUGUUUAUCGAUCUCCCGAAUUAUCUCUAAAGGGAGAUUUUGUUAUUGCAGUAAUGUCAAUGGCUGUUCUGUAUUUUCCUGCUCAUUUUUGGUUAGUUAAAGGAGUGUGUUACUCCGAUGAGAGAAAGAUGCAAGUUUUAUAGCUUAGGUUAAUUAUAUGUUCAGCGAGAGAUACUUCAUUGAUAUGUAGAUAUAUACAUGCAACCAUUGUUUUGUACAGCACAUUUGUUCGACUCCCAGUGAUUGUAAAUUGAGCUACUAAGAAUCCAUGAUUGCAGACA